UAACUCAGUGGUAUGACACGGACAGAAGAAGCCACCGACCCCAUCACACCCACCCUACACAACCCAUCCCAGUCCUACGCCGACCACACCAAAGAAUCGGGCAGUAGUGUCGCGGAGAAAAUCGCCGAGGCGAUGCAGCCUGGUUUGUACCCACUACCCCCACCCCCUUCUCCUUCCUCACCCCGGGGAAAAGCUUUGGCGAUGGUCGAGUUGAUAUUGAGGGGCUGCAGGCGAUAACAAGAGCACGACGAGGUUGUUGUCGGAUACGCCGACGGGGA